AUGGCUUCCGUUGAUGUUGCAAUAAUUGGGUCAAAUUUACCGGGAUAUGCUAUCGCCAAACUGGUGUCACCUCAUCUUAGAACACUGAUGAUCAAGACAUCAGGAGAAGAGCUAUCAGAAGCCCUCAGACCGAUUAACCACCAUUCGCAUGCAAAAAUGGUUUCCAAGAUUGGCAAAGAUUCUGCUGCAGAGGUAGUCAACUUUGCCCACGCCAAUCUCGAACAUUUGCUCUCAAUUUUGGGGCCUGCUGGCUUGGCUCAGACAUCAGUGGAGUCUUAUGGAGAUAUGGUGGAGGACUAUUGUGAAUUCGUGAAAAAUAGAUCAAUAGCCAGCACCGUAAAAAGAUCGACCGAGAUUUUGUUUGGUGACCACGCGAAAAGAGAGUAUGGCAAACCUGGCGCCGUUCGUUUCAGAUCCACGAGAAUCACCACAGGCGAACUGCAGGAGCGGUUUAGAACAGAAAGCCUAGCCAAUGGGCUUGUGGAAGUGGACGGUGUAAUUUCAGUGGAGAACAUGGGCGGGUCAUGGAAACUACAAACAGCUCAGGGUACGGUUUAUACAGAGAAGUUGAUCUUCAGCUCUGAUCAUCACGCUGCUGAGUUCUGGUCAGUGCUCAAGAUGAAGAACGAGUCUGUAGAGUUCACGUUCACAAACGAAAAACUCAGUUCGUUCAACAGGGGAUUGCUGCAAAAAUUGGCAGACUCUCAGCUACCUUUGGUGGCUCAAUUGUCAAAUACAGUCUAUUUGAAUGUGAACUACGACACCACCACUAUGCUGAGUUGCUUACUAGCCAGCUUUGAAAUGGUGAAAGCGAUCCUGUUCGGAUCCAAGAUGCGUGUUCCUGUCGCUUUUAACCUACAUGAAGAACCCUCGUUAAUGGCGAGAUUGUAG